AUGGAGGAGACCAUAGGCUCUGGAGACCCCUAUCUGAUGAACUUCUGGGAGUCCCUGAACUUGGACUCAUUCUGGCUAUGCACCAUUGGAAAGAAACAGUUGGCCCAGAGCCAUGAAACUAAUUUUCCUGACCAGGAAAAAAAGAAAAACAGUAGUGAGGAGUCCCAGGUGCAAGAGUCUGAUGAUGUCUUCCUCCCUCCUGUGGCAGAAGUGUCUUCUCAAGCCAGUCAAGUGCAAGCAGAACAUCUUGGAGAAUUUACAGAAAUUCGUCUCAGCGAUGAAGUAGGGGAUGGAAAAAGUAUAAAUGAUGUGUGCAACAUCCCCCAGAGUAAUUUAUCUUCAGCCAAUGAAGGUUCUUUGGCAGUGACUCUAGGGCCUCCCACAGAUGCAGAAGAGUUCAAAGCUGAUCCUUCCCACGAGGAAUGUGGGGGGGAUGUUGAGAAGAGCGGAAAAAGCAAGUUGGGCAAACCUCACAGCCCUGUGGAGGCAGUUGCUAGCGGAUCAAGAAACUCUGAUUUAUCGAGUAGUACCUUUCAUUCCAGUGCUGCUGGCUCUCAGACAGCAGUGGACUUUGUAUGGGACAAAGGAACUGAAAACGUACAAGAUGCUAAAAAACAUCUUGCCUGUUCUUCGGAGAAGCUCCCUCUUAGUGUCUCACAGCUCUCUGAGAAAUCCAAAACACGUAUUCAGUGUUCGGGGUUGAAAUCAGUUUAUCCAAACUUGACGGCUGAAUUGUCCUUUGAGAGACCAACUGUAAUAGCAGUUAAACCGCUGCUGCACAACGAAAGGCUGUAUCCAGAGCUCCCAAAUGAACCAGAACUGGUGCCGUUUACCAGAGAACAGCUGAAAAUUUUUGAGCCGUGUUCGUGGUUGGAGAAUGUUGACUCCUAUGCAGAGGAAUUUGAAAGCGUUGCUCAUCAGGACAGGCACGAAUUUUAUGAACUGCUCCUGAACUACAUGCGCUGCAGGAAGCAGCUGUUGCUGGCUGAGGCAGAGCUGCAGGCUAUGACGACAGACUGCCAAAAUAUUAAGGGGAGAUUAUGGACCUUUAAAGAAGAACAGAAAACUGUGCAGGGUGUCUGUGCAGAUCAAUGCAAAGUGACAGGUCACCACCGCUACCAGACAGUGGAGAUGAAUGAAAGUGUGUUGGGGGAACUCAAAAAGCUGUUUGAAGCCAAAGCAGAGCACGUGCAUCAGACACUGGCACUGCACUCCUACACUUCAGUGUUGUCCCGGUUGCAAGUGGAGUCAUACGUCUACAGGUUGCUCAGCAGCUCAUCCCUGCUGAGAUCAGUGGCUCUUCAGCAGCAAGAACAUGUUUCAAAGCAGUCAGAAAAUCUUUCUUCAGACUUGGGCCACUUGAAGGAGUGUAUCAGCGUCCUUUUCAGUUUCACUCGCAGAGUUAUCGAAGAUCCUCAGUUUCAGAGUGACCUUCUCAUGUGGCUGCAGAGACUGGUGUCAGUGUUGCAAAGAAUUGGUUGUCCAGGUGACCAUCUCUUCCUCUUCAACCACAUCCUUCGGUGUCCAGCUGGGAUCAGUGAAUGGGCUGUUCCGUUCAUUCAGAUCAAGGUCUUGGAUAACCCAUCAGGUGUUUUUCAUUUCAUGCAAUCUCUUGCCUUGCUUAUGUCUCCUGUCAAAAAUCGGGUGGACUUCAUGUGUCAUAUGAAACCAAGUGAAAGGAAAAGUUCCUCUUCAUCUGGAAAGGAAUCUGGAAACUGGACCCUGGUAGAUGAGGGAGGAGAAGAGGAUGAAGAUCCUGAAACAAGCUGGAUUCUCCUUACGGAAGAUGACCUGAUUUCUCUGUUGUCACAGUUUCCAUUUCAUGAACUCUUUCAGCAGUUCCUUGGGUUUAAGUCUGGAGGUGCUUAUUUUCCUGAAAAAACAACUCCCCAGGAGAUGAUGAAGAUUUUUGCUUUUGCAAACUCGUUAGUGGAACUUCUGUCCGUGGGGUUAGAAACAUUUAACAGAGCACGAUACCGACAGUUUGUGAAGCGAAUUGGUCAGCUGAUCAAGAUGACAGUUUGUCACGUGAGUGACCACUGGGCCCAAUAUGUUAGCACCAAUAAACCAUAUGGAUCUGUAAUGCAUCCCUACUCUGUGGAAAAAUUGCAACUGGAGUUUGAUGAGCUGUUUUUUAGAGCUGUGCUACAUGUCCUGAAGGCAAAAAGGUUGGGAGUCUGGUUAUUCAUGUCCGAGAUGCCUUACGGAACCUUAUCCAGCAACAUGCUUUGGAGGCUCUUCUUUGUCAUGCACUGUGCAGAGAGCGAGCACCUGGAAAAGCUCUGCUCUACUCUGCAACCCUCUGACUGCAAGCAAAGACUCAAAGAUCCGGACCACCUUGAAAAUUUUGAAAAGUAUCUGAAAUCAAUGAAUUGCUCAGAAGAAAUUUGUCUGCUCACCACAUUUGCUCAGAUGGCACAAACCAAAAGGGCUGAUGUUGAUGAGGAUUUUAUCAAAAUAAUUGUUCUGGAGAUAUACGAGGUGUCUUACGUUAGUCUUUCCACAAGAGAGACCUUUUCAAAAGUUGGUCGAGAACUCUUGGGAGCAAUUGCCAGCAUCCAUACCCAGAUUAUUUCUGUGCUGCUGGAUCGAGUUAGAGAGACCAUCGAGAAAGUGGGGAUGGUUUCCUUGUAUCUGUUUAAAGAACUGCCGUUGUACCUGUGGAAGCCUUCUUCGUCUGAGAUAGCACUGAUACGUGACUGGUUAUUAAAUUACAGUCUAACAACAGUGGAGAAUAAACUAGCCUGCAUUAUCUUGGAAGGGCUAAACUGGGGCUUCGAUGAGCAUGAUGCUCUUCAUCUGGAUCCAGCUGUCCAUUCUGAGGUUGCGCUGAUGGUCCUGGAAGCGUAUCAGAAAUAUCUCUCCCAGAAACCAUAUGCUGGGCUGCUUUCUGAAAGCAUAAAACAGGUCUCCUACUUAGCCAGCAUCGUUCGUUACGGUGAAACACCAGAGACUUCCUUUAAUCAGUGGGCAUGGGGGUUGAUUUUGAGGUUAAAGCUUCACAGAAAUGACCGUGGCAUGCAGCAUGGCUGGCCUGCAGUCGCUGUGUCUGACAGUGUGCUCGACAUGACGGAGUCGGUCACGCUUCACCCCCUCCUGAAGGCUGUUAAAGCAGGCAUCCCUAUCGGCUGUUACCUGGCGCUGGCAAUGACCAUGCUAGGUCACAGCAUUGAGAAGUUCUGUGCUGAAGGGAUCCCUCUUUUGGGCAUACUCGUCCAGUCUAGAUAUCUGAGAACAGUAGUCCAUGUGCUGGAUAAAAUUCUACCCUUAUUUUAUUCUUGCCAGUAUUACCUCCUGAAGAAUGAACAGUUUUUAUCUUACAUCCAACUGUUCCUUCAUCUGGAUAGUGGAGUACCUCAAGGGGUGACCCAGCAGGUUACCCAUAAAGUAACACAGCACUUGACAGGAGUGAGCUAUGGAGAAAAUGUUAAGCUGCUCAGUAGUAUGAUACAGACUCACAUUUUUCUAAGUGGCCAGCCACACGGAGUGGGGCCGGCUGCAGUACUGGAGUUUUGGGUUCAGGUCCUCACCAGCCAGCAGCUGUGGCACAGGGACCGGGCUACCCUCUUCUUGCUGGAUGACUUAUGUAAAGCUGCUUUUCAGUACAGUCAAGAGGACUGUGUACAAAAGCUGCUUUACCAACAACACAAGAAUGCUUUGGGCUAUCAUUGUGACAAAGGUCUGCUGUCUUCACUUGUUAGCUGGAUUGUGGCAGGCAAUGUUACACCUUCCUUUGUUGAAGGCAAUGCCAAUUCCUCUCAGGUAUGGUUUUCAUGGGUGGUGUUAAAUAUGGAGUCAAUAUUUGAAGAAGAUUCACAGCUUCGCAGAGUUGUGGAGGGGGAGUUGGUUAUUAAUGCUUUAACUCCUGAUCAAGCUUUGAAGAAAGCACAGACCCAGCUGAAGCUGCCCAUUGUACCUUCCCUUCAGAGGCUCAUGAUCUACCGCUGGGCUCACCAGGCCCUUGCUACCCCUGCUGAUCACCCUCUCAUGCCACUAAUCUGGCAGAAAUUCUUCCUCCUUUACCUUCACCGACCAGGACCGCAGUAUGGGUUACCUGUAGAUGGCUGUAUUGGAAGACGUUUUUUCCAGAGUGCGGCUCAUAUUAACUUACUGAGCGAGAUGAAGCAGCGCUUAAUAGAGGUAGCAGACUUCCACCAUGCUGCCAGUAAAGCACUAAGAGUGGAGAGUCCCGCAGAGGGCAGCGACAGAUCACCAGAGAAGGCGAGCUGCUCACCAGAUUACCUGACUUCACCAGAACUGCAUAAGGAACUUGUCAGGCUUUGUAAUGUUUUUGUUUUGUGGUUGGAAGAAGAGAGUUUCCAGAAAGGAGACACGUACAUUCCUUCUUUACCGAAGCAAUAUGAUACACAUAGACUUGCUAAAGUCAUGCAGAAUCAACAGGAUUUGUGGAUGGAGUAUGUCAAUGUUGAACUCAUACACCAUGAGUUUCAGGAAGCUCUCAACCUUUGGCUGCCACUUCAGCUUGAAUCACAUACAGCCAGUGUUUCUGCAGGGCAGACGGAUUUCACCAACCCUUUAUCAGCCAAAGAGAGGAUAAUGAAUAAUUUGAAGAAGUUUGAUACUCCCAAGCCUCUUCUUCCUCUCCAGACAAUGAAAGCUCCUGUGCCGGUUAUUUCCUCUGCCAGUCUAGUAAGUCAGAAAGAAGCAAUUCAGCUCAUGCACAUGGACCUUAACGUCUUGCAGCGACAUGCCAAAACUGCAGCUCUCUGGGAAUCUCAGCAUGUUGCUCUCAAUAGCGAAAUAUUGGACACAGUACCUAAGCUGUACGUCAAUCGGGAAGAGCAGAUCACCCUCCAUUUGGAGUGCCGGGGAACUUCAAAUAAAGGCUGCCAGGGAGCAGCUCUUCUAACAAUCCAGUUUGAAGGGAAACAUAAAAAUGAAGCAGUGAGCCAGCAGCUUCAUGCUUUGCGUAAAGAAGUGAGACAACUGCAGGCAGAAGCUACGAAGCCACCUUCUCUGGGUGUUGUGGAAGCAGCAGUACAUGUGGAAAAUUUUAUAACGGCCUUAAUAAAUAUCUACAAGGUACAGCCUAUGCCUGCAAUUAAGAAAGUUGGAAUUAGUUUGUUUUUUACAUUAGUGGAAUAUGUGUGUGAUGAAACUCAACGCAAUCCUCCCACAAGGCAGUUCUUCACGUCCUGCAUUGAGAUUCUAGGCCAAGUGUUCAUCAGUGGGACCAAGUCAGAGUGCAGACGUCUCCUCCAGACGAUCCUGCAGAAUCGAAGGCUCUGUACUCUCCUUUCUCCUUACUUCACUCCUGUUGCCUCUCCCAGUGAAUUUGUGACUUUAUAUGAAAAAGUCGUUUCCUUUCUGAGUGAGGACAACAGUGAUGUUGUGUUCAUGCUGCUGACAAAGUUUGACCUUAUGCAAUGGUUAAGCAUUGCUAAGCCACCUCUGUCUGAACGUACCCAGCUUCUGGAGUCUAUUCACUUGGCUCUCAAUGCAUGUGGCCUUGAACCUGAAGAAGAUAUUUUGAUGCCAUUUAAUAUCUUCUGCAAGCAUUGGACUAACCUUCUCCAGUAUCAGUUCCCUGAUCACUAUAGUGAUUUCCUAAGACUGUUUGUGCAAAGCUCAUCAGAGCAGCUUCUAAGCCCUGACUGUUGGAAGGCAUCACUUAAAGCUUUGGGAUGUGGUUCACCAGUGGCUGAACAGGGGAGCUUCAAGAAAAGUGAUUCUGCUGAAAGUCCUGUAUUGCAGAAUAGUGCCAAAAUUCUCCUCUCUGCAGAACAGGUUAGAGAGACAGUAGAAUGGCUUUCCACAUCUUUCUGCAAACUCCGACUGGCUUCAGUGGACUUCAGGACUUUUGGCCUCUUUUCAAAAUGGAGUCCUUAUGUGGCUGAAGUGAAUAAAUUUCUGGAGUAUCUUACUAAACGACUUAUUGACACUGAAGUUGCCAAUUUAGCCCAAGAACCUGUUGGCAGUAACAGAAUUCUAGCUGCAUUGCAGUCCUUGUAUUCAGUUAUUGCUGGACUCUUUAAACCAUGGAUACUGGUCUUGGAUAAGGAUGAUGCAAGUAACAAGCCCUGCUACCCUUGGUUAGAGAGCGACGCUCCUGUAGCAUCCACCGUGGUCUGUUUGUUUACAGAUUGCAUCAAGCUUUUGCAUGAGAGCUUUAAAGAUAAGGUCUUGCCAAGCCACCACGGGGCUCUCUGGUUACAUCUAAUGCACUACUGUGAAUAUUGCACAGCCCCCAAAAUGCCCGAGUUUAUUCUCUAUGCUUUCCAUACGGAGUUCAGAAGGCUUCCGUGGAAGGAAAUGCAUCCAGACCAGAUGCUUAUGGAAGAGUUCUUUAAAAUUGAAAGAGGCAGCCCCAAGAGUUGUUUCUUAUUCUUGGGUUAUGUUUUAUGUGAAAUAAACUGGGUCAGUGUCCUCUCUGAUGCCUGGAACCCCAACCCUCAUCCUCAGACUCACAGCAUGAUUGUCUGUUUGCUGUAUAUGAUGGUCCUGUUGGCAAAGGAGGAACAACUUAUAGGCAAAGAGGAAUCGCCACUCAUAAAUCUUCUUGGACAGACCAGCUCCCUUCCUUGGCAGCUGGUGGGCAUUUCAUCUUAUCAAAGCAUCAUCAGCUACUGCAGCAGUCACUACCCUCCUUCUGUUAUCCUUGCGAAGGAUGCUGCAGCCGAACUGAUAGUGAAGCUCCUGAAAAUCUCAGCAGGCUUCGGUGCAUCUUCGGAUAGUCACAUCCACCUUGAUGCAACACUGAAGUGCCAAGCAUACAUUCGCCAGGUGGUUCAAUUUCUCAGCACCUUAGAACAAAGCGGAAAGAUUACUCUUGCAGUUUUGGAACAAGAAAUGUCCAAGUUGCUGGAUGAUGUAGUCAUCUUUAAUCCUCCAGAUAUGGAUCUGCAGACACGUCAUAUGGCCCUCAGCAGCCUCUUCACAGAAACGCUGAUGAUGAUGAACAACUCUAGCGUUGCAACAGCUGAGUCGCUACGGGGGAGCUUACGAAAGUGGAUUGACAGCAAAGUGCAUGGGUUGCUAGCGAUGCCCCUUCUCACUGCGGCGUGUCAGAGCCUGGCCUCUGUGCGACACAUGGCAGAGACGACAGAAGCGUGUAUCACUGCUUACUUCAAUGAAGAUUAUCCUCGCCACGAAGAUUUAGGCUGGGGCCCUAUACUCGCCUCCCUCCAAGUUCCUGAGCUGACCAUGGAAGAAUUCCUGCAGGAGUGUCUGUCUUUAGGAAGCUACUUGACCCUGUAUGUCUACCUGCUGCAAUGCCUAAACACUGACCAAACUGUUACCAAUGAAAUGAAGAUCCUGCUAACCAUCAGCAAAUGGCUGGAGCAAGUGUACCCAAGCUCAGCAAAGGAAGAGGCAAAGCUGUUUCUUUGGUGGCAUAAAGCCAUGCAGUUAUCCUUGAUUCAGAUGGAGCAAGAUGAUACCAUUCUGAUUGAAUCUGUGAUUCGGACACUGCUCUCAAUCCAGAGCAGGCAGAGUCAGCUGGCUGAGGAGAGACUGACUUCUGGAAUACUUGGUGCUAUUGGGCUAGGCAGGAGGUCUCCUUUGUCACCCAGGUUUCGGGUGGUUGCCCGCAGUUUGUCUGCCUUCCUCUUGGUGCAGAUUCCUGCAGAGAGUCAAGUCCGCCUGAAAGCGGGGUCAGAGCCAAAGCUGUCGCAGAAGGCCCAGCAGGCACUGAAUGCUCUUGAAUCUAUGGCAUCAAACAAACAAUAUGUGGAUUACCAAGAGCAGCUCUCCCAGGCCUCUCAGUUCAUCAAGCAUCCAGAACAUUGUCUUCGAGAUGGCAAUAAUCUCUUGGCUCUCCUUAUUAACACACUGUACCCAGAAGUGCAUUAUUUGGACAGCAUACGAUAGCAGCACUGAGCUUGCAGAAUCAUGCAAUGUUGAUUACUCUGGUUUACAUUUAACAUUGUUAUUGCACAAGUAAUUUUUACCUUUCAGAGUUCCACUUUAAGUUAGAAAUGUGAAUGGGAGCUGCACACUGGCAAGUUUUCUCCUCUUUAAGGUUUUGUAUCUUUUGAUUUGUAGGCCUGUGGAAUUGCUUAGUUUUUGUUGACUGAAAACACUUGACUAUCUUCUUGUGUAUGGUGCACAUCUCAGAGGAGGAUAUAUGGGGAUAGAUGUACAAAUUGCUAGACAGGAAA